AUGGAGCAGGACUACAUUCACAUGUAUAAUGCUUCCUUGCGUGGCUGCGGCUUAGGAUACGCGCCCAUCAUUUAUUACAGUCUCCUGCUCUGCUUGGGGCUCCCGGCUAACAUUUUGACGGUAAUCAUUUUGUCGCAGUUGGUGGCUCGGCGUCAAAAAUCCUCCUAUAACUACCUUUUAGCUCUCGCAGCAGCUGAUUUGCUAGUUCUUUUCUUCAUUGUCUUUGUCGACUUCUUAUUGGAAGACUUCAUCUUGAAGAAGAAGAUGCCAGAAAUCCUGGACAAAAUUAUUGAGGUCUUGGAAUUCUCUUCCAUCCAUACCUCCAUCUGGAUUACUGUCCCUCUCACAAUUGACCGCUAUAUAGCCGUCUGCCAUCCACUCAAAUAUCACAUGGUUUCUUAUCCAGCUCGUACACGCAAAGUCAUUGUGAGCGUUUACAUUAUUUGCUUUCUAACCAGCAUCCCAUACUACUGGUGGCCCGAUAUUUGGAAAGAAGAUUACACAAGUACUCUUGUUCACCACGUCCUCAUCUGGAUCCAUUGUUUCACCAUCUAUUUAGUCCCGUGCUCCAUCUUUUUCAUCUUGAACUCAAUCAUUGUGUACAAGCUUCGACAGAAGUGCAAUUUCCGAUUGCGAGGCUAUUCCACUGGGAAAACCACCGCCAUCUUGUUUACCAUCACCUCCAUUUUCGCCAUACUCUGGGCACCGAGGAUUAUCAUGAUCCUUUACCACCUUUACGUCUCACCAAUAAACAACAGCUGGUCUGUCCAUAUUGUCUCCGAUGUGGCCAACAUGCUCGCGUUGCUGAACACCGCCAUCAACUUCUUCCUGUACUGUUUCAUCAGCAAGCGAUUCCGCACAAUGGCAGCUGUAACUCUUAAAGCCUUCUUCCGGUGCCAGAAGCAACCCGUUCAGUUCUAUACAAACCAUAACUUUUCAAUAACUAGCAGCCCAUGGAUAUCUCCAGCCAACUCCCACUGUAUCAAAAUGCUUGUUUACCAAUAUGAUAAGAAUGGGAAGCCUAUAAAGAUCUCGCCAUGA